AUGAAUGACCAAAAUUUGGUAGAACAUUACAAUUGCCUACGACAACAAUCUAAUCACCAACGAGGACAGAAACGCGACGGCACACCUAGCUCAGAUCCAUCACUUAUUCGUCGGCAUACAACGCCUGAUAUGGCGGCUUCGGCCGCAUAUGGAAUGGUGUUGUGCGGCACUGAUGAGCUUGAGCAUCGCUAUAGAGGCCGUAUUGAGAAAGUUAAAUUUGGUGUUCCUGUUAAUGAGGCUUUUUCUCCUGACAUUCCUGCAACUCUUUUGGUGCUUCUGUUGAAAGUAAAUAAGGAAGGACCUCUCAAAAAGGAUAUUUGGCGUGCACCGGGUAACCAAGCACAAGUGCGAAAGCUUUCAAAUAUUAUGCAACAUGGGCGACUUGUUAAUAUUUCGAACAUUAGCGUUUACACCGCUGCCUCUGUCAUUAAACGUUUUCUGGCUAAACUUCCUGGUGGAAUUUUGGGAGCUGAUAACGAGAAACGACUUUUCGAAUCAGUUCAACAGGAAAAUUUUAGUGAUGAUUCGAAACGUGAACUUUUUUGCAGAAUUGUUUCGAAUUUGCCCAUACCUUCGCAGCAUUUGAUUGUUCUUCUUUUUGGGACUUUCAGAGUCAUCACUGAUUCUGCCGAAACUUUUGGGACCCGAAUGACUCCUGAAGCAAUUGGAAUUUCUGUAGCACCUUCUCUGUUUCAUACGUGUAUACACGAUGGACAAAGAGCAAAAUUAGAUGAUAUUAUGCGUUUCAAAAUUGCUUCUCAAGUAAUCUCGGAAAUAAUUCGUGGAUUUGGCUACACGAAUUUAUUCCCUCGUGAAUGUUACGAAUUCUACGCUCGAAUAACUGGGCGCACAUUGCGUGUAGAUGAACAAUGGCAUUUUUCGUUCCAGUUGCCAUCAAAUGGUAUUGGCUGCUUCAAUCCAAUUGCAGUAAAUCGUCGGAAUAGCCAUCGAUCUCAACGUAAAUCCUCUUCAUCUGCAUCUUCUAUUGCUUCAGUUCUUUCACAACUCCAGUCGACGCCUCCUGUUCAAAUAAACGACAACUUUGAUUUAAAUGCGAAGACGCCAGAAAAUUAUCUUCCAUCUUCUCCAAAAAGUUAUCUUCCGCCUUCUCCAAAGAAUUAUCUUCCACCUUCACCGAAAAAUUAUCUACCACCUUCUCCAGUCUUCAAUCCAAUUUCAAUAAGUCGACGACCGCCUCCACCAACUUCUGCUCUUCAGCGUCGUAUUGACGCCUACUGUGCGGCAGCGAAUCUUAAUACAAAAGAACAAAACUUAAUCCAAAAGAGGAAAUCAUAA